AUGAACGGAUCCGACGCAGAGACAGUCGUCAAGCGAACCGAGAAGAAUCUCGAAAUGGGCACACUCUUGGACUUUGCCAGGGUACCGUCGCAAGCUGGCAUGAUCGUAACGACGAUAUCACGGGUCCAAAUGUGGAGACACGAUCCCAAAGCUCUCGCAAUCUUAGCCGUGCCUCUGCUCGCGAAAGUGCUCGCUCUCGGUGGUCACUGGCGAGUUGGAAACCACAUUGAGGUUGUCGGAUAUGAUCCUGUUGAGAUCGCGCAGCGUGGACCUGUCCUACAAGGAGGUCUGGUUAGACCUGGGUAA